CACCCUUUUUUUUAUCCUAUUUUUUCAAAAAACAUAUUGGCACUUUCACCGUGAGAAAGAGAAAAGAAACUAACAACCAUCACCGUGCUACAGUUCCCGUUUGCCAUCGUGAUUCAAGUUCGCCAUUCGCCAUUCACCGUCGCAGUUCGAGUUUGCCGUUCACCCUUCACCGUCGCGGUUUGAGUUCGCCAUUCGUUGUUCACCGGCGCGGUUCGAGUUCGCCAUUCGCCGUUCACCUUCGCGGUUCGAGUUUGCUGUUCGCCGUUCACCAUCGCGGUUCGCGUUCGCCAUUCACUAUUCUCCAUCGCGGUUUGAGUUCGUCGUCCCGGUCCCCCACGCUGUUGUUUCUCUUUCCCUGUUUCGCGAGUGCAAACCCUAAUUCCCUCCUGUCGGCGACCAUUUUUCUCUUCCAACCACAAUAUUGAACACCAGUAGUAGACAGAUCUGUGAGCUGUGGGAGGAAAGGAAAGCGCUUGAAUUGUGAAACUGAAAAGCAUCGAUCAAGAUAGCGGGUUUAUCUUGUUUCUUUUUGUGUCCUUGGUUGAGAGCUUAACACCUGUCACGGAAGCCCACCCAACAUUGUUCAAAGGAGAAAGAAGAGAAAGCUACAAGUACAGGGAGAAGGAGAAGGUAAAAGGGAGGGGUGUGGCUGAGAUCGAAGACGCUUAAAAACAAAGCAGAAAGAGUUAGAUUGAAGGGAAUUACAAGAUUCUUACUCUAAUUCCUCACUUCAAUUAGAGUUGCUGCGACUGAAACUUGCUCUGUCCUUUCUUCACGUUGAGUUGCUGCGAUUGAAAUUACUCCUCAAGCUAGCUGCGCCCUUCAUCACCGGGAAGAGUGUUGGUAGAACCUUUUUUCGACAAGGCUCCUUCUUCCGAUUUCUUCAUUUUAAGGUAUAAGGUUCUUUAUAUUCUUCAUUUUCUUUCUCAUCCCUUAGCUAUUUGAUUUGAUAAUAUUUUGAUUUUCUUCAAAGACUGAAAUUAAAGGUUAGGGUUGUUAUAUUCUGGGAUAAAUCUUCAUAUUCACCUAUCACUUAUCACAUAUUGUAAGGGUACGUAGAUUCUUUUUCUCUCCUUGGUUCGUUGAUUUCAUUUUAAUUUUACUAGCAAUUCAAUCAAACUCUAUACAGUUGUGCGAUUUUUAAUUCUUCGUUUGCUCUUUCGAUUUCUGGUUCAAUUUUUGUAAUUGAGGGUUUGGUGCAUUUCAAAUUUGAUUUUCUUAGUUAAUUAAAUUCUCUUAUUUCUUUUUAGUUUUAGUAGCACUCAACAUGUUCGAUGAAAUGCUUUAACCAAAUUUCUGGUUAGUUUUAUUAUUUUUGGUUGGUCAAGUUUGCAUACUAAACUCUCUUGUUUAACGAAUGAAUUGUUAGACUUAGAGUAGAAGGACCAAUUUAAUGAUAAUGCCCUUGAAAUUAUUCUAGUUCUUGCUUUAAGGACAAGUAGAAUUUGAUUCAUGAACUUAGUGGCUGCUCCGUCAUAUUCUCUCUGAUUUUUUGUAUCUAAUUUUUCUAAAACUUAAUUCCUGUGAUAUCUACUUUUGAUGGAUUGUCUCUCUAUUUAAUGUAGACAUUUGUCAGCCAAAGCAAAGAAAUAAAAACAAAGAAAGUAACUUAAUUAGUAAGAAAUUAAGUUUUAGGCUUGUAGAGCAUGAUGACACUAGAACAAUUUUGUGGAGGGAAACAGUAACCUCGAGGCUAAGGAGCCACUUCUUCAAUGCAGAGAGGUUAAUGCAAGUGGUUCAGUUCAGAACAAAGGUUGGACUCUUGAAACUGUCGACCAUAAGGAUUCCAAGGAGCCUGAGGUAUUGAGAAUCAGGGGUUUUAAAUUUAACAAAGUUGAUCAGCUAGAAGCAAAAUACACCGAGCCUGGCAAGUUUACCCUCAAGCCUUGAACCUGCAUCUGCUCUUAAGAAAUUUUAGCCUCUCAUCUAGAGAAGAUUCAUAUAAGUAUUGUUGGAAGUGAGAGAGUUAGAAGGUGGAGCUUCCUUGCGGCAUCGCCACAUUCAGAAUAUUCUUAUAUUGGUUCAAUGGAUAAGUCAUGGAUCACAAAGCCACGAAACUCAAUAGAGUAUGAGCGAGGGGUUAGGAGGUUUAUUGAUUUUGCCUUCGAAAAUAGUUUAGCUGAAGCAACUGUAUGCCCUUGUUUGAAGUGCGGUUUUAGAAAAAAAGUGACAAAGGGUGAGAUGUACGAUCACUUGAUAUGUACCCAAUUCCCGAAAGAAUAUACACUUUGGUUUUAUCACGGAGAGACUGAGGUAGGGGAUCCCAGUAGUAACGUCUCAAAUAGUGAUGCUUCAAAUGCUUUUGAUGAUUUUAAUCAAGAUUCUAUUCAUGACAUGCUUGUGGAUAAAGACAUUCUUAUCAGUCUUUCUCAAGGACCAUAUGACCAAGCAAGAAAGUUCUCUUCAUAUGAUGUUAACGGAUAUAGAUUUCGAACUUUAGCAAGGGAUAAUGGAUUAAAAACUCAGAAUAGCGGAGUCUUUGGUACAUUUGGAACAAGAAGUUACUCAAGUAGUAAAGAUACCCGAAUGAACUUUGGUGCAGUACCUUAUUAUGGAAAGCUGGUAGACAUCAUUGAGCUUUUCUACAAUGGCUUUACAGUUCUCUUGUUUAAAUGUCAAUGGGCAAACACAACUAGUCCUAGAGGAAUCAAAAAAGACAAUUUAGGUUUUUUAUCUGUGAACUUUACAAGACUCAUACAUACUGGUGAACAUGAAGAUGACGAGCCAUAUAUUAAAGCUUCUGAAGCCCAGAUGGUAUAUUAUGUGGAUGAUGAGAAAGAAAAAGGAUGGUGCAUACCAAUUCACUUGAAGCCAAGAGAUUUGUAUAACAUGGGUGGAGAUAAUAUGGGUGAAGAUGACGAAAUUACAGUAUCCAAUGAUAAUUAUCCACCACAAGACUUAGAGUCUCUUUUUUCAGAUGAAAAUACAAAUAUAAAAUUGGCGAGAAUAGUUGUAGAUGAUGAUCUUCCAAUAAUCAAUGAAAACUAUGAUGAGAAUGAGAAUAUGCUUGUGUAAAAGACAUUGAGCUUACAAGACUAAAAAAGAAGUGCUAAGGAGGUUGAGGCAGCUGAGGCUGCAAAAAGAAGUGCUAGAGCUGCAGUUGCUUCAUUGCUUCCUUCCAAGUUGUUUGGGAAUAAGGAUGCUGAUUCAGAGGCUAAAUGAUGCAAAUGCUUCUGAGCCAGAGUUGGUAGAGAGAAUAACUGAAACUGAGGGUUCAGUUAAUGGAGAGACUAAAAAAGAGGAGUCUCAAUUGAAAUCAGGGGGCAGGCAGGAUUCUUAUGAAGCUCGGAUUUGAAGUGACUGAAGAUUGAUCAUUCACCAUAAGGCUUUUGGACUGAACCGGAAUAAUGUUGUCAACUGCAGAAGAAGCUAUUGAACUUACAGCGGAGGGACUGGAUACCAUUGAAGCAAUUGAUUGUGUUUUAGGAUCAUCUUGGAGUUUCCUUUUGGGAACUUGAUUCCAAGUAUACUGGAUAUUUGGAGCCAAAUUGUCCGAAGGUGUUUUUGUUGGCUCAUUUCUCUCCAUGUCAUCAAUAGCAGUGAAGACAAGAGUUACUUGUGAAGUAAUUGUUGAAGUUUGAUACUAUUGAGGUUGAAUGUGAAGUGAAGUUGAGGAGAAAAGUUGAGGAUUAAGUUACAAGUACAAUUGUUAGCUUUAUAUGUUUCGAUUAAGUUAGGAUUUUUUGAAUUUACAUUUUAUGGAUUAUGACUAUGUAAAAUUUGUAGAAUUCAACUUUUGAAAUAUAUUGUUUCUAUUUUUGUAAAACUUGUGAGAUUGAGUUUAAAUUUGUUGAAAUAUAAUGCCAUUUAUUAUUUUGUUG